AUGGAAGACCACAAGAGCCUCAAACAACAGUUCCGGGAGUUCACAUCAGGCACCCCAUCACAGGCGCAGUACUGGCUCAACAAGUACAACUGGGACCUUUACACCGCGGUGGACCAGUUCUUGCUGAAACACCCAGACUCGCACAAUCGACCAACUUCAGGAAACGCCACCACCAUGGACAACGGUCAAGACCAGAAAAUAGUCAACAUAUUCAAUAAAUACAAAGAUCAAUCUUCUGGAAAGAUUGAAAUUGAGGGAACCAUCCAAUACCUCCAGGACUUGGGAAUCGACCCAGAAGACCCAGCAUCAUUGGUACUUUCUUACACCCUUGGGUCUCCUAGCACCGGGGUAUUCGAACGUGAUCUGUUUGUUGAUACUUGGGAGGCCCUUGACUGCACAGACUUACCAUCGAUGACCACAUUCAUCAAAACCAAGACCGCCAAUUUACACACCAACCUACCAUACUUACGUAAAGUCUACGAGUUCACCUUCGGGUACAUUUUGGAACCACAUCAAAAGAAAGUGUCGGCAGAAGACGCAGCAAUGUAUUGGCAGCUAUUGUUACAAGAAGUGUUUCCUAGAGUGGAACUUUGGACAGAGUUCAUAAAUGAUGAUUGGCAAAAACCAAUCACCAGAGACGCAUGGAACAUGUUAUUUUUGUUUUUACAGGAUUUUGAAAAAGAUCCAAAGUUGGAAAAUUAUGACGACGCGGCGUCCUGGCCAAGCAUUAUUGAUUCAUUUGUCGAAUGGGCCAAAGAAAAUGAAAAAUUGGAAUGA